UACAAACAGACGAACACUUGAACACAUACCUGUUAAUCGAAAUGUUUCAUAUGCACUUUGCUUUUUAUAUAAGGCUUAAAGUUCCCGCGUUGUUUUAAACUCUCUCAUGAUGUAUUCGUGGCUGGUGCUUGGCUUGGUGGUGGCGGUGGCAGGGUACGACUUUAAGUCGGACCCCGAAAUCUACCACGACAAGCGGUGGGGACCUGAGAGCAUUAAAGAAGACACCAGCAUCACACCCUUCAAGGUCGAAUGGAAGAAGGAGAUGGUUGAAGACUUACUAUACAGGCUAAAUAACAGGCGUCCAAUGACUCCUCCGCUGAAAGGCACCAACUAUAACUACGGCCUGAACACAGACACGAUGAGCUACUGGCUGGACUACUGGGCGAGCAACUACAACUUCACGACGCGGGAAGAGUACUUGAACCAGUAUCCACAGUUCUUAACAAACAUCCAGGGUCUAAAAAUCCACUUUAUCUGGAUCAAACCGGAGGUCCCUAAAGGUAAAUACAGCAUUCCACUUCUGAUGCUGCACGGGUACCCAGGGUCCGUGCGCGAGUUCUACGACGUUAUUGAUGACAUCAUCAAGCCCACUGGCCGGGACUUCGUGGUCGAAGUCGUGAUCCCUAGCUUUCCUGGAUUCGGUUACUCAGAUGCUACCAACUACCCAGGACUCGGUACUGCAGAGAUGGCGUUCAUAUUCGAGAAACUGAUGACCAGAUUGGGUCACGAGCGGUUCUACGUCCACGGGGGAGACGCGGGGGCUGUCAUAGGAAAUAACUUGGCCACCUUCUUCCCUGAAAAAGUUCUAGGUUACCACUCGACCAUGGCUGUGGCGACGACAGAUGAAGCACUAUCUCUCAUCACCGCGGGGUCCGGUGUACCC